GCUCCGCAGUAGCAGGGACCUAGUCAGACGGCGCAGGAGCCAAAGUAGAGUCAGACGUGGCGACAGAGGAGCCUAACGCACCCGAUACAUCAAGUGGUGCACAAAGAACUGAGGACUGAGAACAAAAAAAAAAAAAACAUAUAGAUUAGAUAUUACUAUAAAGGAAGAAAGAAAGAAAAAAAGAGAAGUGCAGUGUGUGGGACUGUUCUGUUCUGGGACAGAGAGAAAGAAAGAAGCAAGAAGGAACAAUAAGACGUGUUUUCCAGAAGGACCCUUGGAAUUCUGCACUUUUACACACACCAUCUCUCUCUCUCUCCUUCUCACAUACACUGUCCUGCAGCAGGAGAUAGCUAUCUCUAUUCCUCCCUGCAGCUCUGAGAGUGAGAGAGUGUGUGAGUGAGAGAGCCUGCCGUUCCCCUGGAGUCUACGGGACCAUGGCACCUGUCAGAGACGCAGCAGCGCUCGGCUGAAGACGCACACAUAGGCUCACUCAAACACACACACUCUGAGAGAUUAGCAGUACAAAGAGAGAGAAAAAAUGAACGGCUGGUGAAGGAAGGACUGUUUCUAGCUGCUAUAAUUUCUACGAUCACAUUGUCCGAUCUGGAACAUUCAGGAACCCUAUCACGGAAACCACUACCAAAGCAACGGACCAACCACUCUCCUGUGCAUCCACCACCUUGAAGCCCAUCUCUAAUCACCUUUGAGCACAUCUGAAGAUGAUGACUAUGAAAGUUGUGGUAAUGACUGUGAUGCUCGGCCUGAUUGCUGUCAGCUCAUCGUCCAGUGGAUCAUCUGUGUCUUCUACCUCUUCUUCUUCUUCACCAAGGAUGAAGCUUACUUACAAAGAGCUCCAGCAGUUUAAUGGAGUAAAGCGGUAUGAGUUGGACCGAUCGUGCUGUUUCGGAUCACUCCUACUGGACGAAGAAAGGGGCCGGCUCUUUGUAGGAGCACAAAACUACCUGUUGUCACUCAGCCUGGACAACAUUGCUAAGCAAGAACAAAAGAUUUACUGGCCAGCACCUGUGGAGUGGAGGGAAGAGUGCAACUGGGCAGGAAAGGAUAUCAAUAGGGACUGCGUUAAUUAUGUGAAGGUUUUACAUCACUUUAAUCGAACUCAUCUGUAUGCCUGUGGGACAGGAGCCUUCCACCCGACCUGUGCUUACGUGGAGGUUGGACAGAAAGUGGAGGAUCAUGUGUUUCGAUUUGAUCAAUCUCUCGUUGAAGAUGGCAAAGGGAAAAGCCCAUAUGACCCACGGCACGCUGCAGCCUCUGUUCUGGUUGGUGAUGAGCUGUAUUCAGGCGUGGCCACUGACCUGAUGGGAAGGGAUUUCACAAUUUUCCGGAGCCUGGGACAGAAACCCUCCAUACGGACCGAACAACAUGACUCUCGCUGGCUCAACGAGCCCAAGUUCAUAGGUGCUUUUGCUGUGCCGGAGAGCGAGAACCCUGAUGAUGAUAAAGUCUUCUUCUUCUUCCGAGAAACUGCAGUCGAAGCUCAAGGCUUUGGCAAGGUCACCUAUGCUCGGAUUGGCCAGCUGUGCCGGAAUGACAUGGGAGGGCAGCGUAGUUUAGUGAAUAAGUGGACGACAUUCCUGAAGACUCGACUUGUCUGCUCUGUACCAGGCAACGAUGGCAGUGAAACACACUUUGAUGAGCUCAGGGAUGUGUUCCUGCUGCAGACACGAGACAGGAAGAAUCCUCUGGUCUACACAGUCUUCUCUACUUCCAGUAGUGUAUUCCGUGGAUCGGCUGUCUGCCUGUACACUAUGAACGACAUCCGCAGGGCGUUUUUGGGGCCAUUUGCCCAUAAAGAGGGACCCAAUUACCAGUGGGUGCCUUUUCAAGGCAAAGUCCCUUACCCUCGACCAGGCAUGUGUCCCAGUAAGACGUUUGGAAGUUUCGAGUCCACUAAAGGCUUCCCAGAUAACGUGAUCCAGUUCGCACGUCAUCACCCGUUGAUGUAUAACCCAGUGACGCCGCUCGGUGGCCGUCCACUCUUCCUGCGCACGGGGAUGCCAUACAGCUUCACACAGAUCGCUGUGGAUCGAGUUAAUGCUGCGGAUGGCCACUACGACGUCAUGUUCAUUGGAACAGAUGUCGGCACUGUUCUGAAGGUGAUCUCUGUGCCCAAAGGAAGCUGGAGCAACACAGAGCUGCUGCUGGAGGAGCUGCAAGUCUUCAAGGACUCUUCAUCCAUCAUCAAUAUGCAGAUCUCCUCCAAACGACAACAGUUGUAUGUAGGCUCUGAUAAAGGUGUGGCGCAGGUACCAUUGCAUCGCUGCAGCAUGUAUGGUAAAGUGUGUGCUGAGUGCUGCCUGGCCCGUGACCCCUACUGUGCUUGGGAUGGACACACAUGCACACGCUACCUGCCUAACACCAAACGGCGCUUCCGUCGCCAGGACGUGAGGAAUGGUGAUCCUAACACGCUCUGUUCAGGAGACCACCAGAAGCAGCGGGUUCUGGAGAAAAAGCUGUAUGCAGUGGAGGGCAGUAGCUCUUUCUUGGAGUGCAUCCCCAAAUCACUACAGGCUCAGGUCACUUGGACCUCUCAGAGACACCCCAGCAAUGCUCGAGAAGAGGUCCGUCUGGAUGAUCGGGUGCUUCAGACAAAUCGCGGCUUGUUGCUGCGGCGAGUGUUGCGCAGAGAUGGCGGUGUAUACCAGUGUCAUGCGAUGGAGCAUGGAUUCACCCAAACGCUGCUCAGCAUCAUGCUGGAGGUCGUCCCCAUUACAGGCCCAGCCCAAAGCCAUGGACACAGCCCCGCCCAGAGCCAAGCACAGUCCACCAAUCAGAAGCUGUGGUACAGAGACUUCAUGCAGUUGGUUGAUCACCCCAACCUGAGCACCGUUGACCAGAUCUGCGAGCAGGUUUGGUCACGCAAGCACAGCCAAUCAGACAAAGCCAUGGCAGAUGCAGCGAACGAGUCUCCGCCUAUUGAUCCUCUGCACUCCACCCACAAAAAGUGGAAGCAUCUGAAGGAGGUGAGAAAGGGGAGGAACCGCAGAACACACGACGGAAAACCUGCACCUCGAGCGCCUCGGAGUGCAGGAGAGUAACAAGGGACGGAGGAGAGAGAGACAGAGAAAGAAAGAGAGAUCACUGGAGUUGGACAAAAUCACACCAUUACACUUAGUGACUAUUUAUCAAAUAACACAAACAAGCUAUACAUUAGAAAUUCACAACAUUCUUCCCAUACUGUACAAUUAACCACACGCCAUUGCUUUACUGCACUGCUGCCCCAUCAUACUGUACCCCCACCUGGGGAGCAUUCUAUUAUCCCUAUACUCCCAAAUACAAUUCUUACUGCCCUUUAUACACCUCUCCAAAUCAGUCUACCACCCUUUACACACUCUACUGCCCUGUUACAUUACUUUACUGCCCCUACACAGUAGUGCUGUCAGAGGUAAUUUCAUUUUGAUUUCUAAGCCCCAUACUCCACACUUUUUAAAACCUUUUGGCUAAAGUAUUCUUUGUAGCUGGGAAAAAAAGCAUACAGUAUGUAUCAAUUUUAUUCUAAUUACAUAUAAAGAAUGCAAGAGGAUGCACCUGUAGAUUCCCUCACUGCUAUCCCUGCACACUCUAUACACUCCCUCCAUACACUCCCGUCAUACCCUCACUGCUAUCCCUGCACACUCUAUACACUCCCUUCAUACCCUCACUGCUAUCUCUGCACACUCUAUACACUCCCUUCAUACCCUCACUGCUAUCCCUGCACACUCUAUACACUCCCUUCAUUCCCUCACUGCUAUCCCUGCACACUCCAUACACUCCCGUCAUACCCUCACUGCUAUCCCUGCACACUCUAUACACUACCUUCAUUCCCUCACUGCUAUCCCUGCACACUCUAUACACUCCGUUUAUACCCUCACUGCUAUCCCUGCACACUCUAUACACUCCCUUCAUACCCUCACUGCUAUCCCUGCACACUCUAUACACUACCUUCAUACCCUCACUGCUAUCCCUGCACACUCUAUACACUCUCUUCAUACCCUCACUGCUAUCCCUGCACACUCUAUACACUACCUUCAUACCCUCACUGCUAUCCUUGCACACUCUAUACACUCCGUUUAUACCCUCACUGCUAUCCCUGCACACUCUAUACACUCCCUUCAUACCCUCGCUGCUAUCCCUGCACACUCUUUACACCCCUUCAUACGUCACCGCUAUCCUUACACACUCUGCUGCUCCUGUACACUCCCCUCAUACCCUCACUGCAAUCCCUGUACACUCAGCCAUGAAGUCAACUACAUGAAUAUACACUCUAUAAACACUCCAAUUUACCCAAGCACAAAUUACAUACAGACACACACACAGACACACACAAACAUAAAAUGAUGCAAUAAUUAUUCGUACAGACAAAGAUGAUCUCAAAAAGUGCAGACAAGGAUGAUGUCAUUCUGAACAAAUCUGUCUCAUCGUGAUAACGAUUCCAAAUGGAGGAAUAAUCAAAACCACGGACAAAGCAUUACACACAUUCAAUACCUACACAAACUGUACAGCGGUGCAAUUGCAUGCAUUGUCUUGGAACAGCACACACACUUAAACACAUGAUCUGCUUCUAGAAAAAAAACUUGUAUAUUUGCCAUGUGUUUGUGUGUUUGUGCUUCGUGCUGUUUGUGUUCUAUAGAUUAGAAUUUUCUCUAUAUCCUCUAAUGUUCUCUGUACAACCAAAACCACUACUUCCCUGAGCACCACUAGCUGCCUGUUACCAUAGAAACCUUUAAAGCUGCUCUCUGGUGUUAACCAUCAGCAGGGAAUGGAGAGAAAGGAACUCAAAACUGUGAACUUACCCACAAAAUAUCAUCAACAGCAAAUUUUGGAAGAGAUCCUUUGAGGGUGUGGUCUGGCUGCUCACUGGCGCCACCUUUUGUAAGGAAACACUUUGAGCUGCUUUAAUGGAGGUUUUUGCUUCCACUUUAUCCAAAGCACAUUUUGUGAGAUCAAAUGGGGGUAGGGAGGAGGGUCACCCGUGUCCACUAUACCUGUGCGAUGUGUGUUUGUUUUCUUUACGAUGACGUGUGCUAGGCUUUUAGAGACAUUAUCAGGCACAACAUCAAAGCAGGGGUGCAUUAUGGGAAAAUCAGACGAAAGGAGGUGUGGGUAAAGAAAAUAAGUUAUGAUGCGGAAAAAAGGAUGUUUUGGUUUCGAACCCUCAACUAAUCUGUUGAGUAUUCACAAGACAAGAUGAUUGUGUGUGUGUCUGUGUGUGUGUGUGUGUGUAUUUCAUAGCUCCCACAGUCACAUUAACUCUAUAUUGCUCAUAUAGCACGUUAUUUAAAGUAGCGUUCAUUAAUUUUAAAGUAAAAACACUAAGCCUCCUAUUAUAAUGACAUUAGAUUUACCCAUCAGCCCUUUCUGCUGAUGUAAGGGUGUUUUAGGUUAGAUGAUAAAUGACAGAUGAUAAUUCCUUCCUCCCCUAGACCUAAGUCAGCCAGUUACAGUUUUCCUGUGCUAUUAAUAAAAAUGCAGGCUGUGCUCCAUUUCUUAUACUACCACACACAAGCAGCAUCACAGAAAGGGGAAUAGUGGGGUUGACUACCCAGAGCUCUAGGUGGAGUGGCUUGGAUUUGUAUUUUCAUUAAAGAGAUAUGAAGAAUGCAUUUUCAUGGAACAUCUCUGACUACUAAAUUCGAUGUCAGAAAUGUAAGGCAGUUUUGGGAAAUAUUUUCUCUUUGACUACUUCCUUGGUUCCAAACAUGUCACUAUUAUUUUUUCCCAGAGUGGUUUGUGGUGUUGGCUUGUAUGAGUGUGAAUGAAAAUAAUGAGUCAGAGCACUAGAAAGGUGAACUGGUGGUUUUGGUUUUCAGCACUAGAUGGCAGCUUGGUGUUGUGGAAGAAACAUGAAGCAAUCAUACUUAAUAUUGAGUUAAAAUAUCACUUUUCAAGACUACAAAGAGAGAAAGAGAUUUCAUGAAAUGUGCAGGUACUAACAUGUAUGGCUACAAUGAUGGUGCUCUCUCCAUAUUCGUCCCUUUCCAAAAGUAUCUAGCGCACAAUUUACCGGUCAAUAACACAGCAGCUUGGUUUUUUUUUUUAAAUGCAGAAUGAUGAAAUAUUAAUCAAGCGUAUUCAUAUGUUCUAGUUUUUCUACAGUGUUGGAUUUUAGGGGGUAAAGUGCUAACACUCUGGUAAUGAGAAUUGUAAAUAAAAAAAUAAACAAUGUCACAUAUGCAAAUAGGGCCUUCUGAGAAAUUUCAAAUCCAAGGCAACAUUCUCAGAAAUAAAGGUACAAAACUGCACUUUUCCUUGUCGCUAGGUUGGUUCCAUCAAUGAUGGGCAUAUUUUGUAAAUUUCUUAUGUAUCUUUUCUUUAGGAAGGUGCAUGCGUGGUGAACAGUGUACCUUUAGUUUUUACAGUAAAGCUUUAAAAGUAAUGGUCCUUAAGGUCCAAUUAUGUACCUACAGGCACAACAGAUGUACCUGGAUGGUACCACCCCAGCAACUAGGAAAAGCAGAGUGUAUUUCUAAAAGUAAAUUUCAGUUUCUGGACCCCUUUUCUUGAAAAUGCCAAUCGUUAGGCCUGACAUCUCAACCUAUUUUCCCUCUGCAAUCAGUUCCACUAGCUAUUAUCAGUUCCUUAAGAUAUAAGAUAAGAGUGUAUAUGGCUGAAUAGUUUUGUUCUAUUUAUAAUGUUUCAUGAUGUAAAGAACGGUUAUGCCUGUUUCUGUUCAUUUGCAUGACUUAAAAAAAGAUGUGUAGUUGAGUGUUUUGCCAAUACAGUAGACAGGAAGCACAUUGGCACAUCUAAUGUUCUGAUGACAUAUUUAAGAUGUAAUAAGCUAAUAUGUAGUGGUGAAUUGUGCUGACAUUGACAUUUGUAAUAUAUCCAUUCUUCUGAAAACUGGAGAAAAAAAAGUGUGUAUAUUUUGAGGUAUAUGUUCUUUUCCUUUUUAAACCAUAUUUAAGGACUCGUUCUGAAACUCUCCCUGUGUGAAAUGACAUUUUUCUCUUUUAACACUGUUUUUUUUUUCUAAAAAAAAAAAAAUUAACCAAAUGACCCAGACCAGCUCACUGAUUUCCUUGCCUUGUGACUCUUCUCAUAUUCUGAGAGACAGAGUGUCUCUGUGUGUGUCUAUGUGUCUGUGUGUGUGCACGCGUGCGACUGUGUGUAUGUGUGCUCGUACAUGCAUGUGUGUGACACAUUAACAUGUGUAUGUGUGUUUUUGUGUGUCUACUGUUAGAUGUUAUAACUGUAAACUAUUGAUUAAAAGUGGGACUUCAUUUUCUGGAGAAGUCAAAGGUUGAAGGCCAAAGUUGACGUGGAACACUGUAGUGACUAUUCCUAUUUCUAUGUGGUUUGUUGCAUCAGACUGUAUUUGAUUAACACAAAGAAAUAAACAGUUACUUCAAAAUA